AAGCAACGCAAGGACACAUUACACAAUGAAUCAAGAAAACGGAGUCAGUCAACUGGGAAAAGAAAAAGAAAAAAUGGACGAACCCAUAAAUGCGAAAGUUGAAAGCUCUAAAAAGGAGUUCACAUGGAGGCUGAUAAUGGCGGCUAUUGUUGGUGCUUUGGGAUCAUCCUUCCUAUAUGGUUACAAUUUAUCUGUUGUGAAUGCGCCUGCGUCGUACAUAAGGCAACUAUAUAAUGAGAGCUGGUCCUUGAGGUACCACCACCCCGUAAGCAGCAACGUCAUAUCCAUAAUGUGGUCUGUUACUGUGUCCAUCUUUGCUAUUGGAGGUCUUACAGGGGCUCUUAUUGUCACACCAAUGGUGAAUAACUUAGGAAGAAAAAAGACAUUGCUCAUUAACAACCUAUUUGCACUGGUAGCGGCAUUAUUGAUGUCAUUAGCAAAUUUAGCGGGGAUUCCUGAAAUGAUGAUUCUUGGUCGCUUUCUGAUGGGAGUUGAUGGAGGUAUAGCACUCAGUACCCUCCCAAUGUAUCUGAAUGAGAUAUCACCGAAGAGAAUCCGUGGGUCUCUGGGUCAGAUCACUGCAAUACUGAUCUGUGUUGGAGUAUUUACCGGACAGGUCUUGGGUUUGCCAGAAAUAUUUGGACAGGAAUCCCUUUGGCCCUGUUUGUUUGGGUUUAUCCUAGUUCCUGCAGCAAUGCAACUAGCGAUUUUGCCAUUUUUUCCAGAAAGUCCAAGGUAUCUUUUACUAGAAAAGCAAGAUACGAAGAGAGCUGAAAAAGCUUUCCGCACAUUCCUUGGAAGGAAGGAUGUUUCUCAAGAUGUUGACGAUGUGCUGGCAGAGACCAGGAUACAGAGGAACACUCGUUUGGUGUCUGUAAUUGAGCUUUUGAAGAUGCGCUCAGUAAGGUGGCAAAUUAUUACCGCCAUAGUGACGAUGGCUUCUUACCAGCUGUGCGGCCUGAAUGCUAUUUGGUUUUAUACAAAUAGUAUAUUUAAGGAAGCCGGUAUACAGCCUGAAACUAUUCCAUACAUCACCUUAUCCACAGGGGGCAUUGAAAUUUUGGCUGCUGUUGCAUCUGGCAUGGCGAUUGAAAAACUCGGAAGAAGGAUUCUUCUUAUUGGCGGUUUUGGGUUGAUGACAGUGUUUUUCGGAAUACUGACCAUAUCGCUGAAUUUCCAGGAUCGCGCAUCGUGGGUUCCGUAUAUUAGCAUUGUCUGCAUUCUGGGUGUAAUUGCAUCAUUUUGCAUUGGACCAGGUGGGAUCCCUUUCGUCCUGGUAGGAGAGAUUUUUCCGCAGUCUCAGCGUCCCGCAGCCUUUAUGAUAGCUGGUUCUGUCAACUGGCUGAGCAACUUUGCUGUUGGACUUCUCUUUCCUUUAGUCCAGGAUGGUUUGGGCAACUUCUGUUUCCUGGUAUUUGCUGCAAUCUGCCUGGCAGGCGCCCUCUACCUCUACUUUGUGUUGCCAGAGACGAAAAACAAGACAUUGAAUGAGAUUGACCAGGCAUUUGCAAAGAUAAAUAAACUUUCUCAAUCUGUAAAGGAGCUUGAGUCGUAUCCGCCUGAUGAGAAAGCUGUGGAGCAGUUGGAGCAAGAUGACGUUCACUCACCGUGCAGCGACCGCAACAAUCUGCAGAUGGAACACAGGAGUCAGGCAUAAAAGGCGUAGAUAUAAGAUGGAUCACAACUCUGAUUGUCCGGACCAAGUCUGACGGAUAGUUGGAGUAGUGGAGAGCAAUGUCCACCAGCUCUGUAGAGCCUUAGGGUACAGCCACACAAGGCAGAUUUUUAGCAGCAACAUUUUUGCAAUUCUGCAGGAAGGUCAGAAGCAAAACAGCAUGAGUUACACAUGGAUUUAUUGCAGAUUUUACUGGAUUUUCUACAGAUUUCAUCCUAUGCAUUGUAAUGGCUGAAAUACGUGAUGUAAAUCUUCAGGAUAAACUAACAUUCUGUGGAUUUCAAAUCCUUGUCACAGUUCAAUUUCCUUUAAAGAUCCACUUUGAUGCCACUCCAUUCCCCCAAUUCCACAGCAAAAAAUUGAAAACGUAUACACCCCAUGUAGCCGUACCCUUACAGUUACUGUAUGUGACACCAUCGCCUUAUAUUGCAUUAUUUCAAUGCACUUCUCACUAUAUAAAUGCUCUCCUUCAUUUCUGGAAAACAGGGACAAAUAAAGUGAAAA